AUGACGGUGACGCCACGGAUCACGGUGAGCGACGGGCGGCUGGCGGUGCGCGGCCGCACGGUGCUCACCGGCGUGCCGGACAACGUGGUCGCGGCGCACGCGGCCGGGGCGGGGCACGUCGACGGGGCCUUCGUCGGCGCCCACGCCGCCGAGGCCAAGAGCCACCACGUCUUCACCUUCGGCACGCUCCGGGACUGCCGGUUCCUGUGCCUGUUCCGGUUCAAGCUAUGGUGGAUGACGCAGUGGAUGGGCGUCUCCGGCCGCGACGUCCCUCUGGAGACGCAGUUCAUGCUCAUCGAGGUCCCUCCUGCCACCGACGGCGACGGCGACGACGCCAAACCCACGUAUGUGGUGAUGCUUCCGCUGCUGGAGGGGCAGUUCCGGGCGGCGCUGCAGGGGAACGACCGCGACGAGCUGCAGAUCUGCGUCGAGAGCGGUGACAAGGCGGUGCAGACGGAGCAGGGCGCGCACAUGGUGUACCUCCACGCCGGCGACAACCCCUUCGACACCGUCACCGCCGCCGUCAAGGCGGUGGAGAAGCACCUGCAGACGUUCCACACCCGCGACAGGAAGAAGCUGCUGCCGUCGUUCCUCGACUGGUUCGGCUGGUGCACCUGGGACGCCUUCUACACCGACGUCACCGCCGACGGCGUCAAGCACGGCCUCCAGAGCCUGUCCAAGGGCGGCGCGCCGCCGCGGUUCCUCAUCAUCGACGACGGAUGGCAGCAGAUCGCCUCCGACAACAAGCCCGACCCCAACGUCGCCGUCCAGGAGGGCGCGCAAUUCGCCAGUCGGCUGACGGGGAUCAAGGAGAACACCAAGUUCCAGACCAAGCUCGACACCGACGGCGACGGCGGGCUGAAGCGGCUGGUGGCCGAGACCAAGGACGUGCACGGCGUGAAGCAGGUGUACGUGUGGCACGCGAUGGCCGGGUACUGGGGCGGCGUGACGCCGUCGUCGGGGACUGCGAUGGAGCGGUACGAGCCGGCGCUGGCGUACCCCGUGCAGUCCCCUGGCGUGACGGGGAACCAGCCGGACAUCGUCAUGGACUCGCUGUCCGUCCUCAGGCUGGGCCUGGUGCACCCGCGCCGGGCGCAGGACUUCUACGGCGAGCUCCACGCGUACCUCGCCUCCUGCGGCGUGGACGGCGUCAAGGUGGACGUGCAGAACAUCAUCGAGACUCUGGGCGCCGGCCACGGCAGCCGCGUCGAGCUCACGCGGGCAUACCACCGCGCGCUCGAGGCCUCCGUGGCGCGCAGCUUCCCCGACAACGGCUGCAUCUCCUGCAUGUGCCACAACACCGACAUGCUCUACAGCGCCAGGCAGACCGCCGUGGUGCGCGCCUCCGACGACUUCUACCCGCACGACCCGGCCUCGCACACCGUCCACGUCGCCUCCGUGGCCUACAACACCGUCUUCCUCGGCGAGUUCAUGCAGCCCGACUGGGACAUGUUCCAUAGCUUGCACCCGGUGGCGGAGUACCACGGCGCGGCGAGGGCCAUCGGCGGCUGCCCGAUAUAUGUCAGCGACAAGCCGGGGAACCACAACUUCGAGCUGCUCAGGAAGCUGGUCCUCCCCGACGGCUCCGUGCUCCGCGCGCAGCUCCCCGGCCGGCCCACACGCGACUGCCUCUUCUCCGACCCGGCGCGCGACGGCCCAAGCCUGCUCAAGAUCUGGAACCUGAACAAGUGCGGCGGCGUGGUGGGCGUGUUCAACUGCCAGGGCGCCGGGUGGUGCCGCGUGACCAAGCGGACGCGCGUGCACGACGCGGCGCCGGGCACCCUGACCGGUACCGUGCGCGCCGACGACGUCGACGCCAUAGCGCGCGUCGCCGGCGACAGCGACGACGGCGGCAACGGUGAGUGGGACGGCGAGGCCGUGGUGUACGCGCACCGCGCGCGGGAGCUGGUGCGGCUGGCCCGGGGCGCCGCGCUGCCCGUGACGCUGGGCCCGCUCCAGUACGAGGUGUUCCACGUCUGCCCGCUCCGCGCCGCAGCGCCGGGGGUGGCGUUCGCGCCCGUCGGGCUGCUCGACAUGUUCAACGCCGGGGGCGCCGUCGAGGAGUGCCGCGCCGUGGACGGCGGCAGCGGCGAAGGGAAGGCCGUGGUGGUGCUCAGGGUGCGCGGGUGCGGCCGGUUCGGCGCCUACUGCUCGCGGGAGCCGGCGAGGUGCCUGCUGGACUCGGCGGAAGUGGAGUUCAGCUACGAUGCCGACUCCGGCCUCGUAUCCGUCGACCUGCCCGUGCCGGAGCAGGAGAUGUACCGGUGGACGCUGGAGAUUGUGGUCUAG